AAAUUAUACCUACCGGAGAAAUAGAUUGAAACCGCUAGUAUAGACAACGAUUAUAAUUAAAUUUUAUAUGAAUUAAUAUAUUAUAACAUUAAAUUACAACUAGUUUAUAUUAUUGGAAGACUUUUGUGAUAUUGUUUGUCGCGAUAAUUCUUGGUUGAUUUAAAACUAGCUUAAUCUAUAUAAUUAUAUUUUAUUAUAAUUAAUACGAGCCAAUACAACGAUUUUAUUUUGGAUUCCGUUAUCAUGUCCCAAUAUUUUUUUUGCUUAUUCUCAUUAUAAUUACAAUAGGAAUGAACAGAGUCACUGUGUGUUAAUAAUUUGUUAUUAUGCUGAGUACAAUGGAUUAUACACUAUAUAUUAAGGGAAUAUAGUUGAAAAUUGAAGUAUUUUGCUGAUAUUUCGUCAUAGAUAUAGAGUUUUAAAUAUUUAGACAUGGCAUAUUUUGUUCCUAACUUUAUUAUAGCAUAUAGUUGUAGAAUAUUUAAGGUUGGCAAUACUUGAAACUUAAUUUAAUGAUUGUUUUUUUUUUUAUUAAAAAAGCCAAAGAUUGUUUUUUUUUUUAUAUAUUUUAUACUUGUAUUUAAAUUGAAUUGGAGUAAUUUUAGCGGUUGUCGUGUCUUACUAUUUUAUGUCCAAUAUUCAUUUAAAUUAUCUUAAAUUAGUGGAUGAGGUGUAGUGCAAGUUCGAGAGUAUGGGUGACGACGCGUCGAACUACAGACAUCCGAGUAAUGGCGAAAGAAUGGCUUCCUUGUCAGGACAAAGUACCCCCAAACUGACGUCUGGUGUCGGCAACCUCUAUUACGAUUCGAUCCUGCCAUACAGAGAGGAUGCCGGCCCCCAAACACGUGAGUUCCUCGCCAGGGUUGUGGACGUGUUGCUGGACUUCAUACAGAAAGUCAAUGAUAGGGAUGAAAAGAUCUUGGAGUUCAAGAUGCCUGAGGAGAUGCAAAAAGUGCUGGACCUGCAUCUGCCCGACGAACCGCUGCCGUUGAAACAACUUCUAGAAGACUGCAAGGUCACAUUGAAACACCAGGUCAAGACCGGUCACCCCCACUUCUUCAACCAACUAUCCUGUGGCCUGGACAUCAUUUCUCUAGCUGGAGAGUGGCUAACUGCUGCUGCCAAUACAAACAUGUUCACGUAUGAGAUCGCUCCCGUGUUCAUUCUGAUGGAGAAUGUGGUUCUGGAGAAGAUGAGGGCGAUGAUUGGUUGGAAAACAGGAGAUUCUAUCUUGGCACCAGGUGGCUCUGUGUCCAAUUUAUAUGCGUUCCUGGCGGCUCGUCAUCAUAAGUUCCCGCAGUACAAGGAAAAGGGCCUGACCAGUAUUCCUGGACACCUGGUCAUGUUCACCUCUGAUCAGUGCCAUUACUCUGUGAAAUCCUGUGCAUCUGUGUGCGGAUUGGGCACAGACUACUGUGUGUGCGUGCCCAGUGACGAGCGUGGCAGAAUGAUACCAACUGAGUUGGAGCGGCUCGUCAGAUAUCACAAGGACAGAGGACAUGUGCCGUUCUUCGUGAACGCCACUUCUGGUACCACGGUGCUGGGAGCAUUCGAUCCGCUCAUGGAGAUAGCUGACAUCUGUGAAAAAUAUGAUAUGUGGAUGCAUGUUGAUGCUGCUUGGGGAGGUGGAUUGCUGUUCUCUAAGAAAUAUCGUCACCCACGUCUCACUGGUAUUGAGAGAGCGCAUUCAGUUACAUGGAAUCCCCACAAGCUGAUGGGAACUCUGCUGCAGUGUUCAACUGUUCACUUCAGAUAUGAGGGUAUACUUCUGAGCUGUAACGCUAUGUCAGCGGAGUAUCUUUUCAUGACGGACAAGAUUUACGAUCCUAGAUACGACACAGGCGACAAAGUCAUCCAGUGUGGUCGCCACAACGAUAUAUUCAAACUGUGGCUUCAGUGGCGUGGCAAGGGUACAACCGGCUUCGAGCGUCACAUGGACCGUCUGAUGGAACUGUCCGAGUACAUGGUGCGUCGCAUCAAGGAACAGUCUGACAAGUUCCACCUCAUCCUGGAACCGGAGAUGGUGAACGUUAGCUUCUGGUACCUGCCCAUCCAGCUCAGGGGACAACACCACGAUAAGAACAAGGAGAUCAAACUUGGAAAGGUAUGCGCCAAGCUGAAGGGUCGUAUGAUGCAAGCCGGCACUAUCAUGGUCGGCUACCAGCCAGAUGACCGUCGACCAAAUUUCUUCAGGAACAUUAUCUCCUCAGCGGCUGUCACUGAACGAGAUGUGGACUUCCUCCUCAGCGAGAUGGACCGCCUCGGACACGACAUCGUCGUCGACUAAAUUAAUCAUUUAUUACAUUAUCUGUGGUUACAUUUAUUUUCAAUCUGUCCUCAUUAACGUUUUCUUAUCUGUGGAUUGUUUUCUUUUGAAAUGUCAACUGUCAUUUGUCAAAUUAAUUGCCUUCGUGAUUUAUUUCAACAAAUGUUCAUAUUAAUUUAAUUUAAGUGUUCUUUAUAUGUAUUGGAUAUUACUAGUAGAAUUUGCUUAUAAAUCGUGUCUUCCAGUGUAUUGUUAAUAAUAACUAAUUAAUAGAUGUCUGUUUGGUGUGUGAAUAUUUUAUCGUAGUUUAGUACUAUUGCUUCUCGUUGUAACUAAAUUGUUAAAAAAAAAAACAUAAUUUAAGUUAAAAACUAUAGGAUAAACGAAACAACCGUCUCGGUGUCUUGUUAUAUUGACAGUGAAAUAUCUAAAAAUAUAUAUUAUUUGUAGAUCAAAAAGCGUUUUUGAAAUGUAAUCUUUUAAUGAAAAUGAGGAAUGUUAACUAGAUUUAAGUAUAACUUUGAUAUACGCUGAGAGCUCUCGCUUCUUACUAUUAUAGUAUACUUGUUUUCAUUAUAAUAUAUAUAAAAGCUUUAAGCAACUGUUAUUAUUAGAAUAAUAUUGAUAUAAUUAAGAAUUCCUUUACAAAUUCUCCCGUUUUGCCAAUUAUGUAUAUUUUAUAUUAUAAUAGUCAUAUAUAUGGUGUGUAUACAUGCAAUAAAUUUCACAAACACUCCUGGUAUGGGAAUAGGUAUAAUUUGUCCUUGAUCUUAUUAAUUACCUUCUCAUGUUUAUUGUUUGUAAAAAUAAUAUGUAAAUAUUUCCAAUGUGACAAUGACAAUAGGAAAUGUAGGGUAGUCCUUAUUUAACAUAAGAAUAUAUCGGACUAAGAUGCGGUUGGAGCCUUAGGCGUUGCUUAGUGGAAUAGAUUAUUUAUUUAAACAUAAGAUUUGAAUGAAACUGUCUGUCAAAUUAUAAAAAGAUAACUUGUAAAUAAGUAGACGCUGCUGUUAAAAUCUCUGUUUACAACUAACGCCAUCUGUUGAUGAUUAUACGAAGUUGAUUUACGCAUUCACAUUCCCGAUACUUGCAACAGAUGUCGCUGUUACCAACGAAUUAUUUCUAAGGAUAAUUGUUCUAUUUAUUUACGUCUGUACAUUGCGUGAUUUUGCUUUUAAUAUAUUAAUGUCAAUAUAACAAGAGCAAUGUAUUUAAUUCGAUUAAAUUGUUCCAACUUUGUAUGAAUGUUAGAGUUUUUGAAAUGUUUAGAAUUUAGACGCUAAUUUUACUAUUUAAAAAAAUGUAAUUAGCCAAAUUAUCUCUACUGUUGCUAAAUGUAAAAACCUGUAUAACCAAAUAAAUGGUGUUUGUUAUUAGUUUA